GGGGCGCGGAGGGGCGGUAUUGGGGGCGGGGCCCGCCUGGAGGAAGUGCGGCUAACGCACGGCAUUCUGGAGCCGGAAGUCGGGCGCACGCUGAGGUUUGGCAGUAAUGGCGGUGGUGCGGGGCACCAAGCGGCGGCUGGCGGAGCUGACGGUGGACGAGUUCUUGGCUUCGGGCUUUGAUUCUGAGUCUGAAUCGGAUCCCGAAGGAGCCCCAGAAGCGGAGACGUGGGCGGCGUGUGGAGCCGACCGGAGUCUGGAUAAGCCAGGCGGAAGCCCCUCGUCCAGUCGGCGUAAAGGUCGUGCGUCUGAGCAUAAGGACCAGCUCUCUCGGCUGAAGGACAAAGACCCGGAGUUCUACAAGUUCCUGCAGGACAAUGACCAGAGCUUGUUGAACUUCAGUGAUUCGGACAGCACCGAGGACGAGGAGGAGCAGCUGCACACUCUGCCCGACACGUUGGAAGAAGCAAGUGGGGAGGAGGAAGAUUCGGAUGAGGAUGAGGUCCCCAGAGGACUGAAGGGGAAGAAAAGGGAUUCUGCUCCUGUGACCCUAGCCAUGGUUGAGAGGUGGAAGCAGGCAGCAACGCAGCACCUUACUCCGAAGCUGUUCCAUGAAGUUGUGCAGGCAUUCCGAGCUGCUGUGGUCACCACCCAAGGAGACCAGGAAGGUGCUGAAGUCAGCAAAUUCCAGGUCACGGACAGUGCUGUGUUCAACGCCCUGGUCACCUUCUGCAUUAGAGAUCUUUUUGGUUGUCUCCAGAAGCUACUGUUUGGGAAAGCCCCCAAGGACAACAGCAGGGUGCUGCAGCCGUCCAGUAGCCCACUGUGGGGGAAGCUCCGGCUGGACGUCAAGGUCUACCUGAGCUCAGUCGUACAGCUGGUGGCCUGCGUGACGGAGGCGACAGCAGCGGCGGCCGUGCUCCAGCAUGUCAGCAGUUCCGUGCCAUACUACUUGACCUUUCCCAAGCAGUGCCGCAUGCUACUCAAGAGGAUGGUGAUUCUGUGGAGCACAGGUGAAGAGACGUUGCGCGUACUGGCGUUCCUCGUCCUCGUCAGGGUCUGUCGGCACAAGAAGGCUGUCUUCCUGAGUCCUAUCCUCAAGCAAAUGUACAUCACCUACGUGAGGAACUGCAAGUUUACCUCCCCCGGCACCCUGCCCUUCAUCAACUUCAUGCAGCGGACCCUGACCGAGUUGCUUGCCCUGGACACUGGCAUCGCCUACCAGCAUGCCUUCCUCUACAUUCGCCAGCUCGCCAUCCACCUGCGCAAUGCCAUGACCACACGCAAGAAAGAGACCUACCAGUCAGUGUACAACUGGCAGUUCGUGCACUGUCUCUACCUGUGGUGUCGUGCCCUCAGCACUGUGUACCCCUGCGAAGCCCUGCAGCCCUUGAUCUACCCCCUUUCGCAAGUGGUAAUUGGCUGCAUCAAGCUGGUUCCCGCUGCCCGCUUCUACCCCCUGCGCAUGCACUGCGUGCGUGCUCUGACCCUGCUCUCGGAGAGCACCGGCACCUUCAUCCCAGUGCUGCCCUUCAUACUGGAGGUUUUCCAGCAGGUCGACUUCAAUAAGAGGCCGGGGCGCAUGAGCUCCAAGCCCAUCAACUUCACUGUGAUCCUCAAGCUGUCCAAGGUCAACCUACAGGAGAAGGCAUACCGGGAUGGUCUGGUGGAGCAGCUGUACGACCUCACCCUGGAGUACCUGCACAGCCAGGCCCAGAGCAUUGCCUUCCCCGAACUGGCGCUGCCCGCUGUGCUGCAGUUGAAAUCCUUCCUCCGGGAAUGCAAGGUGGCCAACUACUGUCGGCAGCUACGCCAGCUGCUAGAGAAGGUGCAGGAGAAUGCUGAGUAUAUCUGCAGUCGCCGCCAGAGGGCCUCCUUCGGUGUGGCUGACCAGCAUGCAGUGGACACCUGGGAGAAGCAGACCCGAGAAGAGGGGACACCUCUCACCAAGUACUAUAGCCAGUGGCGGAAGCUGAGAGAGCGAGAGAUCCAGCUGGAGAUCAGUGGCAAAGAGCGGCUGGAAGACUUGAACUUCCCAGAGAUAAAGCGGCGGAAAGUGGGAGGCAAUAAGAAUGAAGACAGAGUGGAAUUUAAGGACCUCUUUGAUCGGGACAGCGACGAGGAAGACAGUACCGUGGAUUUCUCAGAGAGAGGGAGGCCUGGGUCCCCGAGAGCUUGGCAGAGGGUAGAGGAGGAAAAGGAGGAGGAGGAUGGCAGCCUUAGCAGCCAAGAGGAAAUCAGCAAUUCAAAGGAUGGAGACCCAGACACAGAGGCGGGGCUGCACCUCGGGGAGCUGUGGCGGCUGGCCCAGGGACCAGAGGAUGAGUUGGAGGAGCUACAGCUCUCUGAGGAGGAUUGAGGGCUGCCGGCCUGGGGCGGGGCCUGCGGGGACUGCCGUGCAGUGUUCCCACCUUACCAGGCAGCCAGGCUUGUGUCUUCUUGGUCGGUGCUGAGACCCGAGGCCAGGGCCUGCGCAGUGCGGGGGAGGGCAGUAGAUGGCGGACUGGGCUUUAUUUUCACAACAUGAAAGACCAGAAAGUACCGAGCCCUGUGCAGAUCCCUGGAGUGGCGGCUGUGGGGAUGGAAACCAGCACCAUGGAGCCUGCCCACACUACAUACCGCACUGCUGGGUUAGAUCCAUCAGCCCCGUGAGGGAAGCUGGUCUGGAGUGGGACUCUGCCCUGACCUCUCACCCGAUGGCAGGAUGCUGAGAAUCUCGCAGACAACUGUCCCGGUUCCAGAGAGAGCCAGCAGGCAUGGCCAAGGCCAGUGUGGCAUGAUGUGCCUUCUCCGCCUCCUCUGUCAUUCUUUGGUUUGUCUGCAGGUACCCAGGAUGCAGAGUCCCUGUGCCUGGGCUCAGGUUUGGGUCCCCAGGCUGUCUGCACCUGACUCUACUCCCAGAAAGUUUCAGAAACUCUUUUCCUUUGAUGUCAUGUUUUCCUUUAAAAAAAUCUUUGUUUUUGCAUCCAAAACCAAAAGGAAGAGAA